AUGGAGACAAGGAGCAUCAUAGUCAACUCCAAACAGUGCUUAGCAAAGGAAUGUGUAUGGGAAGAGAUUGAAUUUGUAGAUAACUGGGUUGCUUUCAGGAAACAUGCUCUACUUGUUGAGGCUAAUCUAUUUGACCACAAGAUAGCAUGUAAAAGAUUUCAAGAACUGGUUCCAGAAAACGUUGAAAAUUUCACUCGAAGUAAUGUGCGAGCUCCCAUGGAACAAAUGAUUCAAAUCAGUGAGUUAAAGGCAAAUCCAUUUAAGGAAAGGAUCUGUAAGAUAUUCUCUACAUCCAAAACAAAGAACGGCAGCAUUUCCUUUGAAGACUUCCUUGAUAUAUUUUCUGCUUUUAGUAAAUCUGCUCCAGUAAGUGUGAAAGCUGAUUAUGCAUUCAAAAUCAUGGAUUUUAAUGGCAAUGGCGUUUUAGAUCGUCAGGACGUGGUCAAAUCCAUAACCUGCAUGACUGGAAAUGAUGUUCACAACAUUCUUACUGACUUGGAAAUGACCAUGAUUAUAGAUAUGAUCAUUGAAGAAACCGAUAUGGAUGGUGAUGGACAUAUAAACCUUGGAGAAUUCCAUCAUAUUGUAUCAAAAAUGCCUGACUUUCCAAGGUAUUAUGAGAUUUUAAGAUUAUAA